AUGUUUAGAAGAAUUACAUUAAGAGCAAAGCCAGUCCAAGCUGUGUUCCGUCGUAACCUUGUGGAUGCCGAAAUUAAGAUACCCAAACGUGCCAUUCCUGAAAAACCUGAUAUUGAUGGACCCUCUGCAAGUCUUAGUAAUGGGGUGAAGGGCCAAAAAACGUUUCCUUCUGGUUCAGCUAGAAAAAACUUUUUUAAAGAAUUACCAAAAGCUUUGCAAGCACUUAUAGCAAUAGGUGCAAUAAUGGUAUUUUGGCCUAUGGCCACAGUUGGGAUAAGUAAAUUUAAGAAUUCGGUUCCUACUGAUGAUACUGCAGCUGUGAAGAUAGGUGCUAAUGGUGCAACAGCUGUGGAUAUUCCUCAAACAUACGCACAUAUCGAUAAACCAGUGGAGGAAGACGAGUGA